AUGGAACCAGCCCAGUCCGUUACGAACCUGUCCUCUACGUGCCCGUACGCUGGCGGCAAGAAGCGGCGCUUCCAUCCCUUCCGCGGCCUGCGCCGCAUGUUCAGGCGCAAGGUGCGCGCGGCGGGCACAGCGGAGCUAGCGGCGGGCAGCGGCGGCGGCGGCGGGGCCGGCGGCGCGGGCGGCGGCGGCGGGGGCGGCGCGGCGGACGCGCACCGCAAAUAUCGACGAUACCCACAUCGAGAUGAUACAGACCGCCAAGGGGAUUGCAAUAGGUUGAAGGAGAACAACCUAGGGUCCUCGAGUGUUUUGCCACCCGAGGUGGUUCCAAUGGGUUCGGAUUUAACGCAUCGUCCACCGUCAGGAUCUUAA